UCCGUGUCCGUGGACGUGGACGUGGACGUGGACGAUGGUGGCGGCCCGGGGCGCUGCCGCCCGCCGCGGAGCGCUGCUGCUGCUGCUCACCGCCCUCGGAUCCUUCCGUCUGCGCCUCGCCCGUGCCGCAGCAUCGUGUCCCCGGAGCCUGGACUGUGCCCUGCAGCGCCGGGAGUUCUGCCCGCCAGGCUCAGGUGCCUGUGGGCCCUGCCUGCCCCCAUUCCAGGAGGACGACCACGGGCGCUGUGUCCAGAGGCAGCUCUCACCCAGUGGACGGACCUCUGUUCCCAGCUUGGAGGCAGAAAUUGAUUUUCUUGCGGAUGUGCUGGCCCGGCAGGAGGCUCCUCGCCACCACCCACUACAGGAUGGCAGACCCAGGACCACCCUGGUGCCCAACAGUGGCAGACAGCGUGUGGCCAGUUGGCUGAGAGAUGGGCAUCUGCAGCAGGGUCCCGCCAGCACCGUGGCAGCCACCACCCUCCCUACCACUGCCACUGUCCAGAAGUACCCGGUGGAGGCAUCCCCCAUCCCUGAAAAUGACAACAUGGUGCUCGGGCUGAUCGUGGUGUGCACGGUGGCCGGGAUCUCCGCGCUGAUCGUGGCAGCCAUCUGCUGGUACAGGCUGCAGAAGGAGGUCAGGCUGGCACAGAAAGCAGACUAUUCAGCCCAGCGAGUAGCCAGCCCCCUGCCCUAUGACAAGAUCUCGCCUGGGGACAAGACGCUGGCUCAGAGUGCCCAAAUGUACCACUACCAGCACCAAAAGCAGCAGAUGCUCUCCCUGGAGAAGCAUAAAGAGGAGCCCAAGCUGCCAGACUCAGCGUCAUCUGAUGAGGAGAAUGAGGAUGGAGACUUCACCGUGUAUGAGUGCCCUGGGCUGGCUCCGACCGGAGAAAUGGAAGUGAGAAACCCGCUGUUUGACGACUCCUCCCUACACCCCUCCAGCCCCAAGUCGCAGCAGUAACCGCCCCGUCUCCUGCGCUCCAGCUUGCUGCAGACUGGGCCCAGUGGGGUGGCCGUGCUGGAGGAGCACCCACAGCUGGGUCGAAGGACGCUGCCAGACUGUUCGACGCCUGCCCAAUAAACACCCACUAACAGCUA